AAUUUGUGUACUUCCCAGUCUUCCUAUUAAACCAGAUGUUUGUUAGCAGUGUUGAAUAAACUGUAGAAACGUAUUGUUUCUAUAUAUCAAACGAUAAAAUGAGAUAAUUACUUGUAUUUGUCAUUCGUUUUUGUGUGAAGGAUAGAGAUGCUAGUGAUAACUUUGUUUUGGAUUGUAUUUGUACGUUAUUAUGCAUUGUGUGAAUCAAGCUAUAAAGGUGUCGAUAUUGGCAACAGUUGUCAAUAUGAUGUUGAAUGUAUAUUGGGUAAUGGCGGGGAAUAUUCUAAAUGUAAUCGAGAUUUGAUGAUUUGUAUUUGUACAAUAAACCACAGAGGCGAAGAUCAGUGCUUGCCAGAUAGUGAUGAAAAUUACGGGUUUUGUCGCCGCAGAGAAUUGUUUGAAAGUCUGAAAACAUGUACGUUGGAAUGCUCUCCUAAGGGAACAAAAAUAUGGACAGAGAACGAAGACUGGAAUGGUGAAAUUAUGCAACCAUUUUCCCAAAUGAUUCACGACAAAAAGACUUCAGUAUGCUAUGAUCCAAGGAGAGCACUUAACACCGUUUCUGAUGGAUUUGAAGUUAAACAAUCGUCUAUUCCCGACUCAGGGUUAGGAGUUUUUACCAAUGUUUACAUUGAGGCAUACACAGUUUUAAGCGUCUUCAAAGGGACAUUUGAUCCAGAAGUUGAUGAUGUUUCAAGUAUAUACAGCUGGACGAUACGGCCUCAAAACGGAGGAGAUGUUUAUUGGACAGAUGGAACCAACAUUGCUCAGUCUAACUGGUUAAGAUACAUGAACACCCCAAUUACAGCAGCUAUGGAAAAUUUAAUUGGCAUAGAAUUUCAAGAAAGAAUAUACUACCUCGCAUUUCGAGCCAUACAACCCAGGACAGAAUUACUGAUAUGGUACGGCGGAUCGUAUGCACAAUUUCUUGGGUUGGAGCCAUUUGAUCACCCAAACUAUCUUAUAAAUAGAAUGCCUGGAUAUGCUGGCGGUUCGUGUGAAAGAGAAUGGAAGCAUUGUGAAAAUGACAAGAAUACAAUUUGUGCUGAUGGAUUUUGCUUAUGUCGCAAUGGAACUCGUCAAAGAGAGAUGAUAUGCGUUCAAGAUGAAGAACUCGGUGGUUAUUGUGUGGGCUUCAAUGGGGAUACAUGUAAACAAGAUAAACAUGCAGAAUGUCAGAGAGGUAUUUGUGUUUGCAAGAAUUAUUCUGUUCCAACGAAUGGCAAGUGUAUACCUGAUGAAACUUUUGGUGGACGGUGCAAAGAAAGUAACGGUCAAAAAUGUUUGUUUGAUAAUAAAACAGAAUGUGCAAAUGGAGUGUGUAAAUGCAUCUUUGGUACAAGUGCAGUUGGAGGGAUUUGCAAGACAGAUGAAGCUUACAAUGGUAUAUGUAUUGGAAAUGAUGGUGACGAUUGUGAACUUGAUGAAAACGCUGAAUGCAUGAAUAAUAUAUGCGUAUGUAAAGAAAAUGCUGUUCCAAUCAAUGGAAGAUGUAUAAAAGAUGUUCAACAGAAAACAAAAGUAUGAAAGUAAAACAAAACAGUUUUACUGAUACUGGUUUAAGCAAAUGCCAAGACGGAAAUCAAGGUUGUUAACUAUUUAUGAGUCAAUAUGGUUGCAAGUAUUAGUUUGAAUUUAUUUUAGAUAUCAAGAAAACGUAACCGGUCGAAACGUGCUGUCACGUUAGACCUUUGGUGACUUUUAUAAGUUAUUAUUUUAUGUCUCAUUUACUCUAAAAAAAGUUUUUGUUCAUAACAUAAAUAAUAAACAAGCAUUUUGAAAUUGUUUCGAAUUUAAGAUCAAGCAUUAUUGGUAUAUUUUACGUAAAAAAUAUUUAUUUGUCUUCAAACUACACAAACCUAUGUUUAAUU